AUGGCUACUUUCAAGCUAGACUUUGUUCCAACAUAUCACCAUGACACCUACGAUAGGAUUUCUGAAACGAAUCCCGACCUAUCCUGCGAGGGAAAAGUCGUCUUUGUUACAGGCGGAGGUCGAGGAAUAGGUCGUGAAAUCGCAAAGGCCUUCACCGUCGCUGGCGCCAAAGGCAUAUUUAUUAUUGGAAGGACUGUAUCAGUUCAUCAUGCUGAAGCCGAUAUCACAGAUAGAGAGGCUGUUGCAUCUGCUUUUAAGCAGGCCAUUGCAGCAUUCGGCCACAUUGAUAUCCUCAUCCAGAACGCAGGAUAUCUAGAUGCCCAUCGCUCCCUGCUGGACUCUGAUCUCGACGACUACUGGAAAACGUUUGAGAUCAAUGUCAAAGGAGGCCUACUUGUGACCCAGCAGUUCCUGAAGCAAAGUCAACCCGGUGACACGAUCAUCAAUAUUGGGUCUGGAGCUGGACAUCUGCCCCCCAUCCCGGGCUACUCUGCGUAUUCUUCAUCAAAGCUUGCAUUCGCAAAGAUGGUAGAAUUUGUCCAGCAGGAGAACCCUCAUCUUCGCGUUUUCAGCAUCAAUCCCGGUGCUAUUGCCACGGAGAUGCAGAAGAAGUCCGGUGAUAUCGCUACAGUGGACAACAUUCGGCUCCCGGCGUCGUACUGUGUCUGGCUGGCUACUUCGAAAGAGGCUGAUUAUCUGAAAGGCAGGUUUCUUUGGACCAAUUGGGACGUCACAGAGCUGUUGCAGCGGAAGGAUGAAAUCAAGAAGCAGAAUCUUUUGACUCAUGGCCUUAUUGGCCUGUAA